AUGACCCUGCGGCGGCGGCGGCGGCGGCGGCUCCGGCCGAAGGACGAUGCGGCACCGGCGGCGGCCCCGGAGAGCCCUGGGCCCGCCGAGCUGUACCGAGCGCUGGCGGCGGCCGGCGGGACCCUGCCCCGUGUGCGCAAGGACACUGGGUUCAAGUGGGCAUCACCCAGCCAGUCCCCGGAGGAGCACAGGAAGGUGGUGACGCUGCAGAAGAAGGCAGAGGAGUCCUUUGGCUUCGAGAUCCAGACCUACGGGCUGCACCACCAGGACAGCAACAGCGUGGAGAUGUUCACCUUCGUGUGCCGUGUGCACGGCGGGAGCCCGGCCGAGGCCGCGGGGCUCAAGGCUGGGGACACCAUCACGGGCGUCAACGGGCUCAACGUGGAGGGAAUCCGGCACCGGGAGAUCGUGGAGAUCAUCAAGAGCUCGGGGAAUGUUCUCCGGCUCGACACUCUCUAUGGCACAUCCAUCAGGAGGGCUGAGCUGGAGGCACGGCUGCAGUACCUGAAGCAAACCCUCUACGAGAAAUGGGGCGAGUUUCGCUCGCUGAUGGUGCAGGAGCAGCGGCUGGUGCGGGGCGUGGUGGCCAAGGACCCCAGCAUCUACGACACGCUGGAGUCCAUCCGCUGGUGCCUGCAGGGGGAGGCGUUGCCGGGGGGCUCCUCCCGAGCCAGCGGCAGCGAUGACUCCCUGUACCAGACCUGCGUCUUCGCCUCCUCCAGCUCCCUGAACGGCGACAAUGACGGCGACAAGGACAAGGAUGAGGACACCGGGGGUCCCGCGCCCCCUCCCCCGCGCCCCCGGCCCGCUCUGGGUCGCAGCUCCAGCCUCAGGUGUCCGGGGCCACCGGGGGCUGCGGGGAAGUUUUGGGCCCGGGCCGGGGAUCCCGGGGACGGAGCCGCCGCCGUGCCCCGCAAGAACCGGCACAGCAGCUUCCGCCAGCGGCUGCUCAAGUUCAUCCCGGGGCUCAACCGGGCGCUGGAGGAGGAGGAGAGUCACCUCUAAGCCUCCCCAGGACUAUUUAUUUAUUUAUUUGCGAGGGGCUUCAUUCGCUCUGCCCACCCCCCCAGUCCUUUGGGGGCUGCACGGAGCAGGUUUGGGGAUUGUGACGCUGAGGGACGGACGCAGCAGCAAGGGACAGACAGACGUGAGGACACUCCUGGAGCGGCUCACGGAGCUCUGGGCUGGGGGAGC